AAAUCUGGCAUAUCUGCAAAAUUUGAAGAAGCUGGAGGUGUUGAUUUGAUAGUUGUAUAUAAUUCUGGGCGAUUCCGCAUGGCCGGAAGAGGUUCUUUGGCAGGGCUAUUACCUUUUGCUGAUGCAAAUGCAGUUUUACUUGACAUGGCUAAUGAAGUGCUGCCUAAACUUUCAGCAUUGCCAAACUAUUCCAGAUCAGUUCUUGCUGGAGUGUGUGCCACUGAUCCAUUUCGUCGAAUGGACUAUUUUCUGAAGCAGCUAGAAGCAACUGGAUUUUCUGGGGUUAAGAAUUUUCCAACGGUUGGACUGUUUGAUGGUAAUUUCCUCCAAAAUCUGGAAGAAACAGGAAUGGGCUAUGGAUUGGAGACCGAGAUGAUCAACAAAGCUCAUAGAUUUGGUCUUUUAACAACUCCUUAUGCAUUCAACGAAGAUGAAGCUACUUGGAUGGCAAAGGCUGGUGCUAAUAUUAUUGUUGCGCACAUGGGUCUUACUACUGCUGGAUCAAUUGGUGCAAAAACUUAUCUUACAUUGGAGGAAAGUGUCAACCGUGUUCAAGCCAUUGCAGAUGCUACUGUUGCCAUAAAUCCUCAUGUUAUUAUUCUCUGCCAUGGAGGUAAACUUCUAACCAUGCGCUUAUAA